CUGACCAAAGCCCACAUGCCACUGCAUCCCUGCAUCUGGUGCUACGUCUUAGCAGCAUUACCGCCAUGCCCAAGAGAAAGCCUGAAGGGGAUGCUACAGGAGAUAAAGCCAAGCUACAGAGAAGAUCUGCAAGGUUGUCUGCUAAACCUGCUCCUUCAAAGCCAGAGUGCAAGCCCAAAAAGCCUUCUUUGCCCCUGCAAAGAAAGGAGAAAAGGUACCCAAAGGGAAAAGCUGAUGCUUACAAGGAGGGGAAGAAUCCUGCAGGAAAUGGAGAUGCCAAAACAGACCAGGCACAGGAAGCUCAGGGUGCUGGAGAUGCCAAGUGAAAUGUGUGCAUUUUUGAUAACUGUGCACUUUUGGUGACUAUACAGUUUGAAAUAUUUUUCAACCAAGUUUUAUG